AGCGCCAUCUCGUGCUAGAAACAUAUCUGCAAAUAAUUUGGUUUUCUCUGCGGCGCAUCAUUUAUGCACCACAAUUGUGAUGAUAUUUCUGACAAAUCAUCAAUUAAAACAAAUAAAACAUUUGAAAAUUGAUGGCAUUCAAUUUAAAAGCAAAUGUAAAAAUAUUCAGCUGAUAAGUUAUCGAUAUGCAAAAGAUACAAUUGUGAUCGGUUUUCGAAUCUGUCACAUUGCUGAAUGUGUCAUUGAUGUUUGUGCAUCGCCCACUAGCCACUAGCCGCAAUGAACAGCAAAAGCUUAAGAGUGUGUGAAAGAAGUGCGUUCAAUGUAGCAUUGAAACUGAACGGCACCAUUUUUCGGUCGGAUUUAUGAACGACAUGAAGUGAGCACAAAACGGACAUAUACAUACAGAGAACAAUUGGAGAGAAGUAAAAAAUAAAGUCGCAUUGAAACGACAAGAAGAAACAAAAAUACAAGAAAUCUUCGAUUUGUUUUAAAAAGAAUUCGGAAACGAAAUUGAAAUUCUUAAUGUUAGCCAGUGUAAAAGUGUGUUGAUGCAAACGAAACAAGCGAGCAAUUUGCGAUAAAUUGGUUUAAGUUUACGGAAACGCUGCGUAAACUCAUACACAAACACACACAACACACACACACACACACAAAAACAACAAAACGCAAUAACGCGACAAGAAGGCAAAUAGUUUCGCUGGUUCACACAAUCUACUCGGUUUUUUUUCUGUCAAUUUUUUUUUUUAUUUUGGUCUUCAAUUGAACCCAUUGCUGUUAUCGAAAGACAAACAUGUCGACAGUACAGCCGUCACAACCCCAACCGCAAUCACCUGAUACAACAAAAAAGGUUUGCUCGGAUGGAGAAGACUUUUCAGACACAGCCAACGAAACGGGCACAUUCGAGCUAUGCUCGGAUGCAAACAAAACGGCCACCAGUUCAUCACACCAAGAUUCAGAGUAUGACACGGCCAGCGAUUCACAGUCAUCGGACGAAGCGGAUCCGUUGCAUAAGGCUGAACCGGUCGGAGACUCGGGCGGCGGUGACAACGCUAACGAUGGUCUAAUUGAUUUAGUCAGUGCUAAAACGGGCAACAUGCAGAUCACAGAUGACAUUCCAAUCGAGGAAAGUCGCAAAUUAUCGCGCAAAGAAAAUGACCUGAACGAUGACGCCGAUGGCGAAGCGGACGAUGACGAAGAAAGUUCAAAUCGUAUUGGCCGAAGAGGCAGCCGUAGCGGUGAUUCCGAAGAUGACGACGAUGACGAUGAUGACGACAGAUCCGAUGACGAUAUAAGAAGUGAUGAUGAAAGUGAGAGCGAUAACGGAAGUAUUAUAUUGGACCUGGAGCGUCAGCGUGGCGAUGGUGAAGAAGAGCAAAAUGAAGAUUCAAAGAAAGUCGACGACGACGAAGAUCGUAGCAAUCCACAAUACAUACCGAAGAGAGGUGUUUUCUAUGAGCAUGAUGACCGAACUGCCGAUGAUCCAGAUGCAAACAGUGCAGAACAGGAAAAUGGUGAUGAAGAGCAGCCACCAACGCCAGUCCAAAAGAAAACAACAAAAAAGACGACGGAUCGUUGGACGCACGAUUUCUACGAUGAAUCGGAGCAGGCACCGAAAUCCCGUGCUGAACUGGUCAAUUCGUAUGGCUAUGAUAUUCGCAAUGAAGAUGGGCCGCCGAAAACCAGACGCAAUCGUCGUUACAACCGCGGUCCAAGCAAAUACACCCGUAAAUGGGAAGAUGAGAUGGCGUAUGCUAAGCAAAAUUCGGCACCACCGCCAAGAAAUCCACGCCCGGAAGAUUUUCCAGAGCUCGGUUCAAAGGGUGAACGACGCCGGCCCAGUCAUCAUGAACGUGAAGAAAAAGAGAAUAAAACACGGCAAAAUUACCAGAUCGAUGACCGAAACGAUGACAACCGAAACUAUUCGAGUCGGAAGAGAACGUCAAUGCGGCAAAUCAGUGACAGACGUGAUAGUGAUCGACGUGACAGUGACAGGCGCGACAGUGACCGACGUGACAGUGAUAGACGCGAUAAUUCCAGAUCGCGUCAUCAAAACGACCGGUAUCCAUCGAGCCGUGGAAACCGAAACGAUGACCGAUCGGAUGAUCGACGAAGAAAUAUGGAUAAGGGCUUCAACAAGGGUCGUGGCCGCAGCACGAUGGAAUUUAAAAAUCAAAAUCGUAACAAAAACCACGAGUAUGAAGGCCGUGGCGGCGGCGGCGGUGGUAGUGUGCAUAACCGAAAUAACAGCAGCGGUCAUUCGGAAUCUCGAAAUCAACAGCACCAUCAUCAUCACGAUGAUGAGCACGUGGAAUCCGUUAGUUUCACAAAUUCAAAGCUUAAUAACAAUUCGAAUCGAUUUUCCAACGUCGAAUACUCGAAUGUUGGAUCGAUGCAGGGUCGAGAAUAUGGCAUACAAGAGCCAACAAUGCAACAACAGACACAAAAUCAACAGUCACAAUCUCAGCAAAGGUUCCAAUUAGUUUCCAACGAAAUACCACAUAAUUUAGAGUCCGGCAAUCAAAUGUCUAACCAACAGAAUUCCCAAAGUACUUUGCUAACAACGAACCAUUCAUUGCCUAUCUCAUCGAGCGUAAUCGCAACACCUGGAGCAGCUCCUCUGAAUCAGCAAGCAUUGCACGGCCAAGCCAUAAAUCAAGUACAACAGCAACAGCCAAUGGGACACAUUCAAGGAGCUGCGAAUAACGCAAGUAAUUUAACUAAAGGUCAUGUGAAACGCUACUCAAAUCAACGGCAACGAACUGGUUUGGAAGCGCAAACGCAACCACCUCAAGCGCAAACCCAACAAUUGCCCAUGAACGUGGUGAUUCAACAACAGCCUCAACAACCGUCACAACCACCACAAAAUCCACAUCAAACCAGUGCACAUCAGACACCUCAACCGAACGUCGUGCCGAAUGUUUCAGCACCCACACAGUUUCAACCAAACUAUUUCCCGAACGAAUAUCCAGCAAUCAAUCAAUUGUACGUGUCUGAUAUCAGACAACCACCAUCAGGACCAGCGGCUGGAUACUUGCCGCAAGGAGCACCACCACCCACGGUUGCCGCACCCGUUGGUGUACCUCAGAUGAUGAAUUUUGUAUCCGCUCAUGCGCCUAUGCAACCAGCGCCCGUCGUUCAACCCGUCGUUCCUAAUGCUCAAGUCGUUGCACAGCCACCCCAAGGCCAGUAUCCAGCGUAUCCACCAUACGCUGGCGUACAAAAUUAUAACUCAGCUAGCGGUAUCACAUACUACGCACCACAAACACAACCUCCACCGCGACCCAUAUUGUCACAGAGACGCCAUAAAAAUGCGAUUCCAAUUAUGGCGCCGCCAGAACGAAGCAACAAAAAUGCUCAUGGCAGCCGAUCAGGUGGCCAUGGCAGUGGGCACAAUCCCGGCAGCAAUGACAGCAACAAUAACAGUGAUCAACAACAGGCGGCAGCACAACAGUCGAUGGAUAACUCGGCGGAGAAUAUCGAUCACAUUUUGGAUAAUAUGUUUGUACAAAGGCCGCACCCAUAUCAGUCUGGUCUAGCUGAGUCACCGGCAGUGGCACGAAAGGACUCAACACCACCGGUUGACGGUCAAAAUGUCAGUGGAAAUUCAUAUUCACAAGAGCAAAAUGUUCAUGAUUCGGCACCCACAUCGUCAUUACUGCAAGGAAAAGAUGAUACGGGAAAUCCAGAUCAAUCGGCAGCAUCGUUUGGUGAUAUGAACAUUUCAGUUGCCAUUCAGGCGAAUCAAUAGGUUCAACGAGGACAUCAAGUAAAGAAAAAAAAAAAUUGAACAAUAAAAUGAGAUUUUGCAACUCCAGAGAGAGCAACCAUUUGUAAAUACUAUUGAAUUGAGAACGCUGUAAUGAACCUCGCAGGGAACAAACGAAAAAUGAAAUGAAUUCACACUCCACACAUACAAUUACACAGACAUAUUAGAAUCCCACACACCGACCAUUCAUCUCUCACAAAUAACCGAAAAAACAAUGGCCGCGCAACAAAUGGCCGAUUGUAUUCAAAUUACAAUUUUAUUUAAAAAAAAAUUCUUCAAUUUUUAUCACAUCCGCAUAAAAUAACUGCCCGACUCUAGCACGUAAUAGCAUUAUAAACCUCAUUUUGGCCAGCAUUUUCAUGAUGAUUUCCUCUUAACUUGGCCCAUUUUACACAAUUUAAGUGCUUAAAUUAUUAUAUUGCAUAGUUUUUUUUCCGCUUGCAUUCAUCGUAAGUGACAUAUUAGGAGUGUCAAAAAACAACAACAAAACACACAACUGAAUGCAUAAUUCAAAGACUUUCAAAUUUUUUUAGAAUUAUCACUAAGAAUUAAUAAAUUUAUCAAUUCCGCAUGUUGUUUGAGAAUGACAGCAACAGAUUUAUAUGAGCGUCAUGUAAAUAUAAAAAAAACAAAUCAUUUGAUUGUAUUUUUUUAACACAACAAGAAAAGAAAAAGAAAUAACAACUGAAAUCAAAUGAAAAAAAAAAAUGAUUCUGUAAUGCACGCGCAUAAAUUCUCAUUUUUUUUUAAAGCAAUUGUUUGGAAUUCAGUUAUUUUUAGAUUUUGUUCAGAGAAACCGUUAGAGAAGAACGCAUACAAUAUAGAUACAAUAAUACUAUGUAAAAAUUGAUAAGAAACAAAAACGUUAUUAAUAUCCCACAACAACAACAACAACAACAACAACAACACAGAACAUGGAAAAUUCAAAUGAAAUUAUAUAAUAAAAAAAAAUGGCUUGACAACAGCGAAAA